AUGUCCUAUAAAGUUGUCUUACGUGAUGAUUUUGCUCGUGGAACGGAAAUUAUCGAUUUUGUCGAUAAUGAAUUAGAAAUGAAAGGUUGGCCAAAGUUUAUAACGCCUUCUCCAAAUGCAGCUCUUCAGGAAAAAUUAGAGACAUUCUAUGAUGGCGAAAAUAACAACAACGACGGAGUAAAUCAAGAAUCCCGUGUUGUUUUAAAACGUCGUCAGUUUGUGCUUGCUGUUAUUAAAGGAUUUGCUACUCAUGGACGAGUACAAGGUUACGGAAGUUCGGUUAAUGCAUUAGUUCAAAAAUACAAGUCCAGUCAUGUUUUUCCACGUGAUCGUGUAAAAUUUUUAAUCGAUUUGAUUUAUAGUAAAGGCUAUAUUACAUUUGAAAAACAGAACGAUUCAAGUGCAUCGGAAGAUGGAAAUAAUUCAAACAAUGUUCAGAAACCGACAAUUCAAAAGGUGGCUGUCAAGAAACAAGAGGAAGCAAGUUCAUCAAGCUCGUCAAAGGAACAAGAAGAAAGAAGUCAAGAUGAUGAGUCUGACGGUGAUACAGAAGUUGCUGCGAAAGACACAACAACAAAUGUUAAAAAAAUGAAACCGACUGAAGAUGGUGCACCAACAUCGCCUGCAACAAAUACGGCUGUUUCGAAUGAUAAAGAUAAAAUUAAAAAAGAAAUUAAUAUCGCCUCGUCAGCGUCUUAUGAACCAUCGAAAGAAAACAUUAAACCAUUAGCAACUUUAGAUCCGGCACCACAUAGAAAACACACACGAAGAAAUGCUAAUCAAAUGUUGGCUCCAUGGGCUUGGCUUAAAAAAGUCGACAACACGAAAUAA